AUGGCUUACGGCGGAGACACACAGGACCUCUUCCGUGGCGCCAUCAUGGCAAGUGGUUCCUUCUUCGGAUUCGGGCAAACAAGUUUGGCCGAUGCUCAAGCUGUAUACGACAACAUCACGACACACACCGGCUGUGCGGAUGCGAUCAACUCACUCCAGUGCUUGAAAGACUUGCCGUUCAAGAAGCUCAACCAGACCGUCUACGAGCAGAAUGAAGGGCAGAGCUUUGGCCCUGUUAUCGACGGCGACUUCUUUCGCUCGUAUGCCUUUGUUGCAUUCCAGCAAGGCCGGUUGCCACCGAUCAACAUCAUCACUGGCUGCAACUCCGACGAAGGGAUGUCGUUAGGUGGCCAGACUAACGCCAAUACGUCUACCCAACUAGCUGCGUACCUGGAGAACGGACUGGGCAUCAAUGAAACCCUUGCACACGAGCUCAUGGAUUUGUAUCCGCUUGACGCCCCUUCUCCGCCAUACAGCGUGCCGAUUGACUAUCCAUGGGUGGAAGCCACAGCCAAAGUUGGUCUAUACUCCGGGAAACAAACUCGACGCUCGUACGCCAUCUUCGGCGACAAGGCCGUCAUGGCUGGUCGACGCAAGGCUGCAACCGAAUGGAGUCGCUUCGGUGGCAAGGCCUACAGCUUCCGAUGGGACACUGAUGCUUCUCGCUUCCCCCUGGUCUACACCCCUGGCCUCGGACCAGGCUUCGCCCAGCACGGCGCAGAGCUGUCGUGGGAGUUCCGCCUCCCCUACAUAUCCCCGACCCCGUACCCGCCUCUACCCAACAUCACAGCAAUGCAAAAAGACAGCUACGCAAUGCAAGCGACUUGGGUCUCCUUUGCCGCGACAGGGUCUCCAAACAACCACGGGCUGGAUUGGGUGCCGCACUGGCCGGCCUAUGAGAACGGGUCGCAGAACUUCGUGUUCAACGCCACGUUGGACGACACAUUGAAUCUGCACAUUGAAGAGGACGAUUUUAGGAAGGCUGGAAUUGAGUGGAUGAACCAGCGGUGGGCCAUACUGAAUCGCUAG